AUGGGAGUUGAUCCAUUGUCCCCUAUUGCGCCAGCGCGCUUAAGAGCGCUUUUAUUGCCAAUUGGCAGAAUCAAGCGCUCGCGCUUUGUGAGCUUUGCAGCCAGACUUCAAGCUGAAAAUGUUGUUCGGUUGGGGGACAUUAGUCCCGAUGCUCGACCAAAUCGAAAUAUGUUCUCGCCGCUUGCAUUUCCCACAGGCAUGAUUCUAUACGACCUUACCUUCUCGGUUCCCCCCACGUCGCAUCUUGAGCUAUUCCCCUUCGAAAUAUACAGAGAACCAUUGGUGAUUAUUGCUAUUGCGGAUGGAGCUGAGCUUCCCCAGAGCUCGGAUUCUAAGAAACCCCACCCAACUCCGGAAGGAAUCGAGGAACUUUUAGAAGAUCUAAAUGGAAUAAAGGAGAAGAGUCCACGAGCACUCGUGCACCAGCUGCUAGUUUUCAAUUAUGAUGGAUUGGAGAAAAUCACGAAUGGACCAGACAAUGUGCUAUGGGUUCCAUCCCCCGAAACGUCAAAGGCCACUACAAUGAAAACAGUUCUAUGUGAUGUCACUUCGAUCUUAUUGUCGGAGUUGGACGAGUUCGCAAAAACCACUCAAGCAAUCCCAACGAUAGAAUCGCCCAAAACAUCCUCGUGGGGACCAUCCCGGAAUACAGAACUGCGUCCUAGGCCAGUCGAUCGAUUAUUACAUCGCAUGACGCUUCCUGCGCAGUUGCCUUCAAACCCCAAUGGCACACCAGAAACGCCAACAGCGCCUGAUUCUGGCACACAAACCCCCAAUUCCGAAACCGCUACAACUUUUGACGAGAUUACUCGCUCUAUCCAUCUGACGCGGUCACAUUCUGGAAGUAAAAGCCCGUCAAUCUCUUCGGCUAAGGAGCACAGCCGUGAGCGAAUGUCAGUCAGUGGCGUGAGCGCGACUGAUAGAACCAAGAAUCGGAUCAAGGGACGGGCAGGAGUUGUCAUUGGAACUCUUUUCCUGCAGGCAGGAAGGUGGCACGAUGCACUAAAAGAGUUGAUCGAGGCAGUGAACAAUGCCCGCGCGAGUAGUGACUAUAUCUGGCAUGGUAAAGCGUUGGAAUCGAUUCUUCUAUGUCUUAUCAUGCUUGGGUGGGCUGGUAUGGACUUUCAGAUCCCCUCGGUCCUUUACCCUGUCAUCGACAAAUCUUCAAAGUCGCAUAGAGAUUCAAUGUCUACUCUGACAUCUGGUAACCGCGUGAUCUCCCUUCAAAACCUCGCAAAUUUGUUGCCCGACGUUUCAAACACUAUUCUGAAUCUAUACAAUCGAGCGGCUCAUAUUACAGACGAGCCAUUGCCCCAGUUGGUGUACUCUGAAACAGUCAUUCGGUUAUCAAGGCUUCUAGUGUCAGCCCGCAUCCGAGACGGCUCCUUGGAUGACAAUGCUCUCAAACAUAUUGUUAUGAAUGAACCUCUGAUUCCCUUACUCCAUCCAGAGCUUCCACGUGGAACGGUAUUGCUUCGCAAAUCAGACAUUGCAAACUUUCUGUAUCGAGCUUUACCCCUCGCUCCAGGUGCCGACUUGCCUGCUACUGAUGCAGUGCCUAUCGUUGUAGGAGUUGUUUCUGUUCUCAAUGCACUUGAUCUGCCUCGGAAAAAGGCUUUCAUUAUGCGUGAGCUUCUCACAGUGAUGGUUCCCAGCCUGGUGCAAGCCCGUAAGCUCGGCGCUGCAGAGGUGGGAAUUCAUCCAGCAGCAGGACUGGCAUCUCUCAGUGAUACCACAUUCGAUGUAAAUGCACUCGAUAUUGGUCCAGGGAAUAUGGAAAAGAGUGUACGUCUUCUUCUUGCUACCGUUGGUGAAAUAUAUGGCGUUCAACCCUCUGCAUUCCAUGAGUGGGAGAAACGGCAAAGUCAAUCAUCCGCACAGGGUAGCUCAGACUCAUGCACUGAGUAUGAAUCUGUGGCUGGCAUUUCUGAGCGGGCUUUUCGACAUUUGGUUUUGGAUAGAUACGGUGAUCUCAAUCUCAAGAUUGAUGUUCUCAAGGCGUGUAUUAAUUGCUGUGAAGCGUUGCCUGAUUUUGAAGGUGUACUCCGUUUCACAGUUGAGCUUUUGCAGACUAUUCGAGGAGAUUUGAUGGUAGCUGACUCAAACCAAAUGCCGCCAUACCUUCCACGGGAAGAACAAAUACGUCUUUUGAAUAACAUUAAGCGCACUGUUGGGGCAGCAAACAGACUAGGUGCUUCUCAUAUGGCCGCGGAAUACUGGGAUGACUUCCUUGUACGUGGCGUUCAGUUGCUAGCUCUACCAGACCCUAGAAGACCCGUUCGACGGUCCAAGUCAGAAUUGCAAGCCGUCACUACUGCAUCGGAAAAGUCAAAGAAGGACCCAUUCUUAUACAACCCUUUCGCAAAGCCUAGCAGCAAAUCCCUGGAAAUGCUUACUGUGACAGACGAAGUUGCCUCAUUCCGAGUGACACUUCAGAAUCCCUACGAAUUCGAGAUAGAGAUCGAGCACCUGCAACUAGAAAGCGAGGGUGUGUCUUUUGAAUCCGUGACAGAGAACGUCACGCUUCCUCCAUUUUCUCUUCAGGAUAUUGUUGUUCCCGGCACAGCCCUUGAAGAAGGGGCUCUCACUAUUACUGGAUGCAUUGUCAAAGUGCGCCACUGUCGAAAGCGACGAUUCCCUAUAUUCAAGAAAUACUGGCGGCCUGAACCUGAAGUCAAGUUCAAGCGGACUGGACUGGCAUCGAAGAAACCCCUUUCAGAACGUCCCGUUUCCUGGGCUUCAGAGACCUCGAAAGACGGGAAGACUUCGGUUAAGAAGGGACCCGACACCGAGACUUGCCAGGUGAAAGUUAUUGGUAAACAACCAUCACUUUUAAUCGAAUCCAUGUCACUCUCGCAGUCGGCGUUAAUGAUUCUCGAAGGAGAGGUCAAAUCUUUUACGCUCACCCUUCGAAACACCUCAUCUUGCCCCGUGGAUUUUGUUCUAUUCACAUUCCAAGACUCGACGACCCGGCAACUCCAGUCAGCUCUUAAAAACAAAGAUCUUUUGCCAGCGGAGAUCUAUGAAUUGGAACUGAAACUGACGACGCAACCAGCCUUGAAAUGGCGUCGUGAAGGUUCUAACCCGGAAGAUUGCUCGAUUCCUGCAGGGCAAACAGCCAAUUUCACAAUUGAUGUUCUGGGUAAACCUGGUCUACAAGACAUCACAGUUCAAAUAGACUACUCUCGCCUUGGCUCAAAGCCGGGCGAGCUGCCUGAUGUCUUCUAUACUAGGCAAUUGUUUGUACCCUUGACCGUCACAGUGAAUGCGAGCGUAGAAGUUGCUCGAUGCGAUGUCCUCCCAUUUAGUGGCGAUUUCGCCUGGCGAAAUCAUAUCGAGGCGUCGUCAGACUCGACUCAAAACUCGGUUACGCCAUUAGCGGCCACCGAUCAUGAUCCCUUUUCUCGAAUUCUCGCCCGCCUUGGGAAGGGAUCUUACGGCCCGGACCACUGUGUCGUGUUACUUGACCUACGAAAUGCAUGGCCAAGUCCUGUGUCUGUCUAUUUACGAGUCGGAGAGCACACUUCGUUGUCAAAGGAUGACCCCAAUGACCACAAUGACCAGUACUCCGUCGAUGGGCACCUCCAGCCCGGCCAAGUGUCUCGAUUUGUCCUUGUCAUUCCGCGCCUAUAUCUAGAUAACCCGCAUGCCGCUAUACCCGUCGUGAACACGGGUACUCGGCGUCAGUUUGUGGUCAGUGCCAACAAGCUAUCGUUUGAAGCAGAGGCAGCAACCCGCGAAGCUUUCUGGUUCCGCGAAGAGCUUCUUAAAAGAGUACUUGGAGGUUGGAAAGAGGAAUCUACAGGUCGCGAGGGCACAAUUGAUCUUCGAAACAUCCGCCUUAAUGCGCGUAUGGUUGAAGCAAUGCGACUGGAGGACGUCGAGACCACAUUCUCUCUUUCUUCGCCUUCCACGCCUUCCUCGGCUACCGAAUCAUCUGCGCCGGUUGUCCAAACUGGCCGCUCGCGUUUCCAAGCGAAAGCGGACGACCUACUCACCCUAUCUGUCACCAUCCGCAAUCGUUCUUCGCGACCUAUUCACCCACUUCUCCGUCUCCAGCCCAGUCUGCGUCACCAACCAAAUAACAUUGCGCUAGAUCUUACGCGCCGACUCGCAUGGACUGGUAUGCUCCAGCAAGCGCUUCCUAUCUUAGCAAGCGGCGAGUCUACCCAAGCUUCUAUCGGGGUAACAGUACUCUGCCGGGGUGAAUAUGAGAUCGGCGCCAGUGUAGAAGAGGCCCGCAUUCUGCGACCUUUCGAUUCCCAUGAAAAAAGUGAUGAUGUUCAAGACCAUUACGACGGUAUUAAGGACACCUUUGGAGCAGAUGUUGUGCGACGAAGACGCAUCUGGCAUGCGAAGGAGACCUGUGUCAUCCACGCCAUUGUAUGA